AUGGUUUUGUGGCGUUCCUAUAAAAUGCUCUCAAAAUGUUUCUGCGUACAGGACACCGUUUUACGAACACUACUUCACAGGGCGCUUCAGACUCGAUUUGAGACGAAGCUUGUACGUGAAUUGAUGAUAAAUCUAUUUUACUUCCCUAUGAGCAUUACCUUCCGGUUCAGUAUACUUUUGCAUACACGCUUCCACCAGAAGAGUUCAUUCUACUUGGAUCCACUUAUCAUUGCUCCAUAUCUUUCAGUUACGGAUAUGCAAGACUUGAAUACCUCGCGCUUCCACCUUAGAUUAAGCAACUUUUCCGUCUCACGUCCACAAAAUGCCAGGAUCCAAGAGACUACUCACAAAGUUGCUGAAAACUCCUCGACAGCCCAAGACCGGUUUCGCCCUUCUUGGCACUCAUCAGGUAGGCGCAGUGCCCGAGUUUCCGUCAACCUUAUGAUCUACUUGAACUCAAAUUGGACUGUUUUCGAGAAAUACAUUCAUUUGCAAACCAAUUUGGUUUUCACGAGAGACCCAACUGAAUCUUUCGUUUAUGCUAUUCUACAGCUGAAAGAAAAUACACUUCGGUAUCUCGAAUAUCGUGCCAACUGA